UAUUUGUUUAUGGACAAUUUAUUUAUCCUUUAAAACAUGACAUUACUAGUUGUGCAGACUGCCGGAGCAUCAAGCAAAAGUAGUCGAACGAUAAUCACCGGAUUACAGGCGUCUCAGCUAAUUACUGAGUCAACAUUCGCACUCACAAGAAGGAAGGCUACGAACAGGAUUUCAGAGCUUUUAUAUAGACUUUAAAAUACAUGUCAAAAAUCAGUUUUAGAAACCGAUCUGUUCCAUCAACUAAUUAAGCCGUUUUCUAGAAAACCAUAUGCAUAUGUUGCAAACCUGUGAUAGCAGGCAGCUGUCCUGACUCCUUAUCGAGUGUGGAAUGAUGGAGUGUGUAAGCUAACGUUAGCUAUUUCUGCAGUUCUUCCUAGCUAGCGAACGAAAAAAAGGCAUUACAUCAUAAGCAAGUUGCAACAAACUAACAGUGGAUGGUACCAGAUAAGCCAACUGAACCAAAUAAGGCUGGCUGUGGUGUUGUCGUGAGGAGACUGCUUUCUGCUGCACCAGCUGCAUGAGACAUGCAGAGCUCUGAGCAUCUCUAACAGGCAGCACUGUGGAACCAUGGACUCUUCUUGUUCUGAGUCCCAGUCCCAGGGCGACGGUGAGAAAGCUCUGCUCCAUGCAGAGAUCAGAGAGCACCCCACCACAUCAGCUGCCUUAAUUCCCAGUGAUGACCCCAUCCUAUUGACCCCAGGGAGGAUGAGCCAGCGAAGCCAGGGGAAGGAGCGAGAGAAGAGGGAGGAGAAGGAGCGAGAGAAGGAGAAGGAGCGAGAGAAGAGGGAGGAGAAGGAGCGAGAGAAGAGGGAGGAGAGGGAGAAGGACAGAGAGAAGGAGAAGGAUGGGAGCCUCCACACCCCCAGCAGAGAUCACCUCGCCAGCCCCUCUUCCCUCAGCCCGGGGCUCAGCUACACCCAUGGUUUCGACCGGGGGAAAGAAGAUUCCCUGCCUCCGAAAGAGGACUCCUCUCACUCCAUAUCCAAGAGCAAGUCAGAGUCCAAGCUCUACAAUGGCUCCGACAAGGAUGUCUCGUUGUCCGGUAACAAGCUCACCAAGAAGGAGUCGCUCAAGGUGCAGAAGAAGAACUACCGUGAGGAGAAGAAGAGAGCCACCAAGGAGCUCCUCAGCACCAUCACAGACCCCUCUGUUAUUGUCAUGGCUGACUGGCUCAAGAUCCGGGGUACUCUGAAGAGCUGGACCAAGCUGUGGUGUGUGCUGAAGCCGGGGGUUCUUCUCAUCUACAAGACCCAUAAGAACGGCCAGUGGGUGGGCACGGUGCUGCUCAACGCCUGCGAGCUCAUCGAGAGACCCUCAAAGAAGGACGGCUUCUGUUUCAAACUCUUCCACCCGCUGGAGCAGUCCAUCUGGGCGGUCAAGGGUCCUAAAGGAGAGGCGGUGGGUUCCAUCACACAGCCAUUACCCGGCAGCCACCUCAUCUUCCGCGCCACCUCUGAGUCAGACGGCCGCUGUUGGAUGGAUGCUCUGGAGCUGGCUCUGAAGUGCUCCGGCCUCCUGAAGCGGACUAUGAUCCGCGAGGGCAAGGAGGAGCUGGCCAGCACGGCCGGGGAGAGCUCCCAAAUUAACUUCUACAGCCUGCUGCGAGCCCACAACAUGCAGGGUUUCCAGUUCAACGACAGUGACCAGUUCAAGGACCCUGACCUGUACUCAGACAAGUCGGACCGGGAGGGGGAGCAGGACCACGAGGAGUCAGACGUGGAGGGUCUGGGGAAGAGCGAGGAGAGUGACAGUGACACGUCAGAACGCCAGGAUGACUCCUACAUUGACCUUGACCCCAACGAGGCCCUGCCGGAGACUCCGUACCUGGAGCAGUCCCACGAGGAGCUGGGAGAGGCUGGUGAGGCGUCCCAGACAGAGACGGUGUCGGAGGAGAAUAAGUCUCUGAUCUGGACGCUGCUGAAGCAGGUCAGGCCUGGGAUGGACCUGUCUAAAGUGGUCCUGCCCACCUUCAUCCUGGAGCCACGCUCCUUCCUGGACAAGCUGUCCGACUACUACUACCAUGCUGACUUCCUCUCUGAGGCAGCUGUGGAGGAGAAUGCCUACAACAGGAUGAAGAAAGUAGUAAAGUGGUAUAUCUCUGGAUUCUACAAAAAGCCACAGGGACUGAAGAAGCCAUAUAACCCCAUCAUCGGUGAGACCUACCGCUGCAUGUGGCUCCAUAGCAAGACCAACAGCAAGACCUUCUACAUUUCUGAACAGGUGUCCCAUCAUCCUCCAGUGUCGGCGUUCUACGUCAGUAACAGGAAGGACGGCUUCUGUCUCAGCGGAAGCAUCCUGGCCAAGUCCAAGUUCUACGGAAACUCCCUGUCGGCCAUAUUGGACGGAGAGGCUCGGCUCACCUUUCUCAACAGAGGAGAAGACUACGUCAUGAACAUGCCCUACGCCCACUGCAAAGGCAUCCUGUAUGGCACCAUGACUCUGGAGCUGGCUGGCCAGAUCACCAUUGCCUGUGAGAAGACAGGAUACAGUGCCCAGCUCGAGUUCAAACUCAAGCCGUUCUUGGGUAACAAUGACAGUGUAAACCAGGUCUCUGGAAAGAUCAAGCUGGGGAAGGAGGUGCUGGCUACGCUGGAGGGACACUGGGACAGUGAAAUCUUCAUCAACGAUAAGAAGACGGGGGUGGUGGAAACGUUUUGGAACCCCACAGCAGAGCUGCGUCAGAGCAGACUAACACGUUGCACUGUGCCUCCUGAGGACCAGGGAGACUAUGAGUCUGAGAGGUUAUGGCAGCAUGUAACAAGGGCCAUCAACAACAAGGACCAGACAGAGGCCACCAAUGAGAAGUUUAUCCUGGAGGAGGCUCAGAGGAAGUCAACCCGCGAGCGCAAGGCCAAGUGUGAGGACUGGGCGCCCGGGCUCUUUGAACAGGACCCCGUAACCGGAGAAUGGCAUUACAGAUAUGCCGACACCCGGCCGUGGGAUCCGCUGAAUGAUAUGAUUCAGUUUGAGAAAGACGGCUGGAUCCAGACUAAAGUGCGGCAUCGCACCCCUAUGGUACGUUCUGCCAGUGUAAUUAGUCUCAGUAACCAGGGCCCCAGGAGGGAUGGCAAUUGCAAGUGCCAGGUGACAGGGCCCAAAAGAAAGCACAAGCACAGUGACAAGCCCAAGAAACCUGAGAGUGGCUGCUCCUCCCCAGAACCUGACCGCCAGGACUCCUCCGGCAGCGAGCGACACAAAAGCAAGCACAGUAGCCGGUUAAGGAAAAAGGGCCCAGACCUUAGUGAACUUCAAAGUGCCAUUGAUUCUAUAAAGAAGACACAGGAGAACAUUUACAAGAGCAUCGGUGUGCUGCGCUCCCGAACGGCAGGGGGCCAGACGACAGCAGAGGGCGGAUUCCUGCAGCAGCGCGACUACGCCAUCAUCAUCCUCCUCAUCCUCCUUCAGGUCUUCAUCAACUUCCUGUUCAAGUAGCAGCCGACAGACUGACAGACAUAUAGAGAGAGAGACAGGACUGAUGGGGGGGUUUGUUCAGGCUGAGGAGGAGAAACAGUCUGGAAGUGAAUGAACUACAAGAGCUCUGCCUCAAACCCCUCUCUCUCUCUCUCUCUCUCUCUCUCUCUCUCUCUCUCUCUCUCUCUCUCUCUCUCUCCAUCUCUCUCUCUCCAUCUCUCUCUCUCCAUCUCUCUCUCUCUCUCUCUCUCUCUCUCUCUCUCUCCAUCUCUCUCACUCUGUCUCUCUCUCGCUCUGUCUCUCUCGCUCUGUCUCUCUCUCGCUCUGUCUCUCUCUCGCUCUGUCUCUCUCUCUCCGUCUCUCUCUCUCUCUCUCUCUCGCUCUGUCUCUCUGUCUCCGCUCUGUCUCUCUCUCUCACGCUCUGUCUGUCUCUCUCUCUCUCUCUCUCUCUCCUGAGUUGACCCUGCUCCACUGUCCUCAGAUGGGCCACCAUUGUCGCACACACGUCUCAAAAGCAAGCAUUCCUGAAAGAGGCUCCUCAGAAAAAACUGAAAUUGUUUUUAAUUUCUAUUUAUUUGUACCUGUUUAAAGAUCCAUGUAUUUUUAAAGUGGGGGUGACACCGUCCAGGACUGAAGGGAAGUUGAGGUCAGCGUUCAGUUGACGUCAUGAUGUCGUCAACUGGGCCUUCGAGUAGGCGUUGACAUCUGGUGGCCAUUUGUAAUUUUGCUAACGGACACCGCUCCUUGCAUUUCACAUUGCCCCCAUUUCACCCGGAUCCCCAACUACAGGGAACAUUUUACACUGAGACUUUUGAAGAAAAAUUACUUUCAUUCAAUUUUUUUUUUUUAAAGACUGUUCAUUUGUUUUGUUUGUUUGGUGUGUCCUUUGUGAGUAGAACCUCUAGUUAAAAAAUAUACGAGAAGGGAGAAGAACAGUUUUAAGCGGUCCAAUAUAUGUAACGUUCUUUUGAAGCUUUGACAAGGCUCGAGUUUCCUAGCUUGAAGGUGAAUAGGCAACAAAAGAAAGAGAAAGUAAUUGUAAUCAAUCGAUUUGAAUCGUUCCACUGAAAUUUGUGUACAAGGUCAAUUGUAUAAACUAGAUGCUUGACA